CGCCACUCGUUCGCCGCCACUCCUUCGCGCACGACCAAGUUUUCGCCUCCGUUGUCCCGUUCCCCUCGCCGCGAUUCCCGCCGCCGCCGCCGCCAUGGCCGCCUCCAUGAUAUCCCGCCACGUGGCUGUCAUCGGCGCCGGGGCCGCCGGCCUCGUCGCCGCCCGCGAGCUCCGCCGCGAGGGCCACGGGGUCGUGGUCUUCGAGCGCGGGCCCCGCGCCGGCGGCACCUGGGUGUACGCGCCCGGCACCGAGACCGACCCGCUCGGGAUCGACCCGGCACGGGCCGUGGUCCACUCGAGCCUCUACAGGUCCCUGCGCACGAACCUGCCCCGCGAGGUGAUGGGGUUCGGGGAAUACCCGUUCCUGGCGAGGGCGGACGGGUCGGGCGACCCGAGGGGGUACCCGGGCCACGAGGAGGUGCUGGCGUACUUGGAGGAUUUCGCGAGGGAGUUUGGGCUUGAGGAAUUGGUGAGGUUCGAGGAGGAGAUCGUGGGGGUUGGGAUGGUGGAGGAGGGCGGAAGGUGGAAGGUGAGGUGGAGGAUGAGAAAUGGCGGCGGCGGCGGAGAAGAGGAGGAGGUUUUUGAUGCGGUGGUUGUUUGUAAUGGGCAUUACACGGAGCCCCGAAUCGCUGAAAUCCCCGGCAUUGAUCUGUGGCCGGGGAAGCAAAUGCACAGCCACAACUAUCGUACACCCGAGCCAUUUCAGGAUCUAGUUGUUGUUUUGAUAGGGAGUGCUGCAAGUGCCGUGGACAUCUCUCGGGACAUUGCCAAGGUCGCCAAAGAAGUUCAUGUGACAUCUAGAUCAUACGAAGUCGAGACUCUUGGAAUUCAACCCGGCUACGAUAAUAUGUGGCUUCAUCCCGUGAUUGAUAAGGCCCAUGAAGAUGGUAAAGUGACUUUCCUCGACGGGAGUUCUGUACACGCUGAUAUCGUCCUACAUUGUACCGGGUACAAAUAUCAUUUCCCUUUUCUGGAAACCAACGGAAUUGUGUCCGUAGAUGACAAUCGUGUCGGACCAUUAUACAAGCACGUUUUCCCACCACUUCUGGCGCCUUGGCUAUCAUUUGUAGGAUUGCCAUGGAAGGUCGCACCAUUUCCCCAGUUUGAAUAUCAGAGCAAGUGGAUAGCCGGCGCUCUGUCCGGUAGAAUUGCUCUUCCAUCGGAGGAGGAGAUGAUGCAAGAUGUAAAAGAUUUUUACUCCCAACUUGAAGCUUCCGGCGUACCAAAGCGAUAUACUCAUAACUUAGCCAACUCUCAGUUUGAGUACAACGAUUGGCUCGCGGUGCAGACCGGAUCUCAACCGUCUGAAGAAUGGAGGAAGAAAAUGUACUCGGAGAGCUCGAGGAAGAGGCAGGCCCGACCCGAGGCGUACCGCGACGAGGCAGGAGACAAGACAUUGAUUUCACAAGCACACGAGGACUUCGCCAAAUACCCUUCGCAUCGAUGAUGUUGUAAAUUGUGUCUCCUAAUAAUUAAGGGUGCCUAAAGUAGACCACCUAUGGAUCUCACCAUUCGUUUUUUCCCCUAAGAGAAUAUUGUAUUGGUGAUGACAGCAAAGCCAACAACAAUAAACAAAGCAACAUCUUCUGAGAA